GAACCCGUAACAAACUCUGUUUUUUGGUCAAUCCAGUAACCGUAGAGUUCUUUCUUCACCUUCUGAGAAUCUAAAAUCAAGUUUCUUACUGAGCUUUUUUCUAGGGUUUAUAGUUUUCUUGGUAAGAAUUAUCAUGGAAAACGAGAACAUUUCUGAUCAGAGAGAAGAAAGUGGAGUCCCCAAUCAAGAUUCUCAAAGUCUUGAUCUUGAAGCUCUUCAAGCGACAGCAGAACUGAAAAAAUCCACCAUGGAUGAUAAGGGCAGCGCAUCGAUCUCGACUGAAGAAAUUGUGGGUCGUGACCAGCGUACUGAGUUGGUGGUUGAGGAAGAAAAAAGUCCAAAUAUGAGUGGGGUUUUGCUGGGUAGGACUGAAGGGUUGAAAAGUGAAGAAGAAGAUAUUGUGAAAGCAAAGUUCUUGAAUGGAAAAGAGAACAGUACUGAAGAUGGGUCAGUGUGUGGAAAAGAGAACAGUACUGAAGAUGGGGCAGUUGCUGAUCAGCAAGGCCUCAAUCCUCCUCUUCAUUCUGAAAUUGCUGAGCAGAAACACGCUGCUGGUUCAGAAUUGAGGCAUUCUUGUAGUUCUGAAGGAGAUGGGAAGGAGAUUGUGGGUUCAGAUGAGAUUGUGAAAGGAGAGGUUGUGGAAUCAGUGUUCUUGAAUGAAAAAAUGGUGGGUUCGGAUGAGAAUCUGGGUUUGAUAACUGGGUCAGUAUCAGUGGGUGGACAAGAAAAGACUGAAAAUGGGAAAGGGGUAGUUACUGAUCAACAAGACCUCAAUAAUCUUGUUCCUGAAAUUUCUGAGAAAGAGCAGAUUGGUUCUGGUUCAGGGUCGAGUUUAUCUGGUUCAGGAGGAGUCACAGAUCAAAAUUUUGAGUUUGGAAAGAGAGCAGAUGACGUGACAUUAGGAGAGGCUGAUGAAUCGAAUCAAGAAUGGAGGGAUAUCAAAGAGGCUAUCAUGAGAGCAGAUCAGCUGGACCUAGAGUCUCUUGGCCUAAAGAUUGAACGUCGGGUGCGAGCUUCGGUUGAGGACAUGGUGAGAUAUCCCCAGAUAAAUUCAAAGACAAUGAGUCUCUCUAUAGGUGACUGGGAGAGAAUUCUGGAAGCUGAUCAAGUACCUAUGCAGAGAGAACUUGGAGAGCUGGAAAAGAAAAACGUUGAGAUUACAUUCGAGAAUUUGUCUCUCGAGGCACAGAUAGAUGGAGAGCAAAGAAAGAUGCAGGCAUUAAAGGUGCUUUCUGAGUAUAUGGAAGGUAAACUUGGUGUUAUUAAGGAAGCAGAACUUGAUAAGGGGAAGACCAUUGCUGAACUUGAAGAAGAAACAAAAACUGAAGUUGAGAAGGAAAAGAAUGAGAUUCAUGAAUUGCAGGAACUAGUUAACGUGGAAGAAUCAAAAGAGACUGAGUUGAAAGUGGAGAUGCCAUCAAAGGCCCUAGGGCUGCUGCAUUGGCCUAAGCUGCUGAUGUCUGCCGGUGUCGUAAUAACUGCUAUACUUUACACAGCAUUGAAGAUGAAGCGAAGGUAAAGGAGGAAAAUAUGACAAAACUGCUCAGCAGUCCUCUUGUAUUGGGUAGCCAUAGGCCAUUGAGAGUACAAAAGUAGAUACAGAGAGAAUUGGCCGAGAUUUGGUUGGUCAUAGUUUGGAUCAUGUUUUAGUAUCUGUUGUGUUUGGAAUUGGUAAGCUCACUGUGUCUUUACCACCAAAUUAGUGAGAAAGUGUAAUAGAUUCAACGUGAAGAUUUGAAACAAAUAAAAAUCAUGUCUUUCUUUUUA